UCAUCGUCUCACCAACUACACUCCACACCAACGACACGGAGGUUGGUGAGAUAAUCGCUAGCUACAUCUCACCGUCUACUCCUCCUCAACACAAGAUCCAACGGCGUUAUAGAAUCACACUACCCUACACUCAAAACACGUGAUCGCAUCUCCGCCAACCAUAUAAUCGCACGAGAAGAGCGGGCAAACACACACAGAGCGAGUCGAACUCCGAGUCACCCGCCGAGUUUCUCUCACUCUCCCCUCCUCGAUAAAAUCUCUCGUUUUCAGAUCUCGAAUCUCACCUCUAUACUUCCGUCGCCAGCUUUUCAGAGAUGGAAACGUUUCUAUUCACAUCCGAGUCCGUCAACGAGGGACACCCCGACAAGCUCUGCGACCAAGUCUCCGACGCGAUCCUCGACGCCUGCUUAGAGCAAGACCCCGAGAGCAAAGUCGCUUGCGAGACGUGCACCAAGACCAACAUGGUCAUGGUCUUCGGCGAGAUCACGACCUCUGCUAAAGUAGAUUACGAGAAGAUCGUCAGAUCCACUUGUCGCGAGAUCGGUUUCAUCUCCGCCGAUGUCGGUCUCGACGCCGACAAAUGCAACGUCUUGGUCAACAUCGAGCAGCAGAGUCCCGACAUUGCUCAGGGAGUUCACGGUCAUUUGACCAAGAAGCCUGAAGACAUCGGAGCGGGUGAUCAGGGACAUAUGUUCGGUUACGCUACCGACGAGACUCCCGAGCUGAUGCCUUUGACUCAUGUUCUUGCGACCAAGCUUGGCGCGAAGCUUACCGAAGUGAGGAAGAACAAGACUUGUCCUUGGCUGAGGCCUGAUGGGAAGACGCAGGUCACCGUUGAGUACAAGAACGACGGUGGAGCGAUGAUUCCGAUUCGUGUCCACACCGUUCUGAUCUCGACUCAGCAUGAUGAGACUGUGACCAACGAUGAGAUCGCUGCUGACUUGAAGGAGCAUGUGAUCAAGCCGGUGAUUCCCGCUAAGUACCUUGACGACAACACCAUCUUUCACUUGAACCCCUCUGGUCGUUUCGUCAUCGGAGGGCCUCACGGUGAUGCUGGACUCACGGGGAGGAAGAUCAUCAUCGAUACUUACGGUGGUUGGGGUGCUCACGGUGGUGGUGCUUUCUCAGGGAAGGAUCCAACCAAGGUUGACAGAAGCGGUGCUUACAUCGUCAGGCAAGCUGCGAAGAGUGUGGUGGCUGCUGGACUCGCUCGCCGAUGUAUUGUCCAGGUUUCGUACGCUAUUGGUGUCCCUGAGCCUCUCUCUGUGUUUGUUGACACCUACAAGACCGGGACUAUUCCGGAUAAGGAUAUCCUUGUGUUGAUCAAGGAGGCGUUUGACUUUAGGCCAGGGAUGAUGGCUAUUAACCUUGAUUUGAAGAGAGGAGGUAACUUCAGGUUCCAGAAGACUGCUGCUUAUGGGCAUUUUGGGCGUGAUGAUCCUGAUUUCACCUGGGAGGUGGUGAAGCCACUCAAGCCAAAGGCUUAAACGAAAAGGUGGUAGUUGCAAGAACUCAUGAGUUGCUGAGACACUCUCUCUCCCUCUCCACUAUUGGGGACUUAUCCAUUAUACCAUUGUUAUUGGGAAAGAUUUGAAUAAUGCUAUACAUUUUACAUUUUGCUUUUGCUGCUAUUGGAGUUCGUACACAAGGCCAUGUGUGUUAGUGAACGAACAGAAGAUUUGAGUUUCAUGUUUUUGAAUUUCCUUUUUUUUUUUUCUUUCUUCUUAUGCUCUUGUAUUGUAAGUUUGAUUGUGUAAUCAAGAAGUCCAUCUUUGUCAUCUA